AUGGUGUCAUCGCGUCCAAAACCAGUGAAAGAGGGACCUUUAUCUAAGUCUAAGCAAGCAAGACAUGUUGUUGGCAAAGUUGUGCGGCAUGUUAAGGUUCAUCCCCGAGGAAUUUGUUCUAACCAACAGACUGCUUUUACUCCAGAAUGGUAUGAAUGUCGUAGUGCUAUCAAGGAAGCUCUGAGAUGUUACAGACGGUUACUUUCAGACAAGGAUUACCGCGAGAGUAUUUCAAAGGAUCAUGGGAUGGGCUUGGAACGAGGGAAACCUUCCGGCAUAGGGCAACAUAUGAGACUAGCGAAGCUGGUUAGGUGUUUGGGAAAAUGGGUCAACACAGCCAAGCAAAUAGGAUGCGUUGCAGGGAUUGAAGUUGGUGAUGGUUUCCAUUGGAGGGGUGAGUUGUGCAUUGUCGGACUUCACAGUGAAUUUCGAAAAGGGAUAGAUUGUAUCACUUCUCUCAAUGGUAGCAAAAUUUGGGCUACGAGCAUUGUCGAUUCCGGUCGAUACGAUAGUUGUACAAGAAAGGUUUCGUCCGAUGAGUUUACUUACUGCGGAGAAGGUGAAAAUCCUAGCUUUUGUGGGUUUAAGAAACUUAAAGAUCAAAAGCUUGUUGGUGGGAACCGUGCAUUGAUGAACAAUAUGAUUGACAGGAAGCCAGUCAGGGUGAUACGUAGGUUCGACAACAUCGGCAACACAAACGAGAGCGGCUACAAGUUUGUUUACGAAGGCUUGUACCAAGUGAACCAUUGUUGGAAAGAAAUUAGAAUGGACUCUGGUAAAUAUGUUUACAAGUUCAACCUGGUGAAAUUGGAGGAUCAUCUACAAUAUGAGCCACAAUGGAAGGUGAACAACGUUCGUACUCGGAGGUAUCAUUGACAAUGAACUUGCAUCAUAAAAUUGCCUUCUUUAUGUGCUAGACUGUUUUGGUCUAUAAAUGGUAGUAUAAACAUGAAAGUAAAUGCAGUAUGCAUUGACAAUGCUUACUCAUAUGCUCUACCAUAGGUGAAAUUUGCACUCGUAGAAUGCUAGUUGCUUUCAUGUUUCUUUUAACUGUUUUGAUCUGUAAAUAAAUAUUAGUUUAAGCUAGGAAGUUUGUAGGGUCUAGCAUUGAAGCAUUUACUCAAGUGCUUAUGUAGGUGAAUUUUGUGGUUAUACCUAUACUAG